AUGCUGGGAGCUGGAGGGUUCCUGGUUUCGCUCCUCUGGCGUCUCUGGCAGCUGCUCAAGGACUGGCUGCACUCGAAGCUGCUGAUCUACUACGAACUCGACCGCGGCACCCAAGAGCACUUCGCGCUGUGCCGAUGGAUGGAGGAGCAUCCGGCGAUCAGCAGCGCAUCCCUGCGGUGGAGACCUUCGCUCAUGGUGGAAGAAGAUCCCCUAGAGGAUGUCUUGUGCAACAGCGACUCAGACACUGGCGGCAGCCAUGGCAGAGACAGUAAGGUAGCCCUGCGCCCGGUGGUGGACAGGGAGGUGUUGGUAUGGUGGAAGUCAUGGCCAGUAUGGCUGAGGAGAUGCCCAACUUCGCCAUCUCCUCGCGCAGACAGGAACGAUCACUUGCCAUCUACCAGCUCGUGGUAUGGUCAGCUCUCAUCGCACGGCUCUCCUUGGACGGAGUUAGACCUGAACAACGGGAAGAUUGAGGUCUGCAUGCUGAGGUACAAGGGCCACCAACGGAUGCGGGAGCUCAUCUUGGAGGGAAAGAGGCUGUCUUCCCGCUUUCUGGUCAAGAAGACACAGUUCUUUCGGGUAUCUGGAAACCAGGGGUACGGGCUAGGUGGCCGCACGGGAUGCUCUUGGGUGGACGGAGGGUUCCGGCUCAGCCGUCCCAUCAAGUCAGUCAUACUGGAUGGGACCGAUGGGGAGGACAUCUUCAGUGAUGUGCAGGAGUUUCUCAGAUCGGAGCAGUGGUAUGCAGGGAGGGGGCUGCCGUACAGACGGGUACUUGCUGCACGGACCGCCAGGGACAGGCAAGAGCUCGUUAGUGAAAGCGAUUGCGGGGGAAUUCCAAGUGAUCACAAGAUGCCGGUCUACAUAUUGUCCAUGGCGUUGGAGACUUUGAACGAUGAAGGGUUGAAUUCUCUUUUCUCUUCCGCUGCACAGAAGAGCAUCAUCUUACUCGAGGACAUCGACAGCACUCGAAGAAGGUUCUUGCACAACGACUUAGACAGUGGAAGGACAGGUGCAUCGAUCAGUCUCGAAGGACUCCUGAAUGCUAUCGAUGGGGUGGACGCUCAGGAAUCAAGAAUCGUUUUCAUGACAUGCAACAACAUUGAAGCGCUUGAUCCAGCUCUUAUACGACCCGGUAGAAUCGAUUAUCAACUGAAGUUCGGAAAGGCGACCCGUUUCCAGCUCUCUCGACUUUUCAAGCACUUUUAUGAGAACGAUCUGAGGGCGGAAUUCACAGCGAGCAAACUAGACGAGCUGGCCGACUUGUUUGCUACAGCGUUUCCAGAAGCAUCUGUUACCACCGCGGAAGCAAUGAGCCAUCUCCUUCGGAAAUCUCCUUUCGAGGCUGUUGACAAACUUGUCAUCAGAUCAGACACCAAGAAGGUCUUGGAUGCAAAGGAGAACGUCUACAGGCAGAAAGAGAUUUGGUCGAAAGAUGAAGUCUUCAUAUCCAUAGACAAACUCUACAUCUUGGCUUCUGUCCUCUGUUACUUUCACUCCCCUCAUAUAUUUCCCAGGGAUGUCUGCGAUGUCACAACGUAA